AUGGACCAAGUGAACGAUUCUGUGGUAACUGAAUUUGUUUUAUUGGAACUUCCACAGUCCUUUGGAAUGUGGUGUUUCUUUUGCUUCUUCUUCUCUGUAUUUUACGUGGGAAUUAUUUUUGGAAACCUCCUCAUUGUGGUCACAGUGAUUUUUGAUUCUCAUUUACAUUCUCCCAUGUACAUUCUACUGGCAAAUCUAUCACUCGUUGACGUGGGCCUUUCAUCUACAACAGUGCCUCGGAUAAUAUCUGAUCUUUUCUCUGGUUGUAAAGUUGUUUCCUUCCACAGCUGCAUGACACAAAUGUUCUUCAUUCAUGUUAUGGGAGGAGUGGAGAUGGUGCUGCUCAUAGCCAUGGCAUAUGACAGGUACACAGCCAUCUGCAAGCCUCUGCACUACCUGACUAUUAUGAAUUCCAAGAUGUGCAUGACUUUGGCAAUAGCUGCUUGGACCAUAGGCGUGAUUCAUGCUGUGUUUCAGUUUAUUUUUGUCAUAAAUUUACCAUUCUGUGGCCCCAAUAAUGUGGGAAGCUUUUAUUGUGAUUUGCCAAGGGUUAUAAAACUUGCAUGCAGGGAUAUUUAUAAACUAGAAUUUGUGGUCACUGCCAACAGUGGUUUCAUAUCCAUGGGCACUUUCUUUUUCCUGAUUGGAUCAUACAUCUUUAUUCUGGUUACUGUCCGACAACAUUCUUCAAGUGUUUUAUCCAAAGCAUUCUUUACUUUGUUAGCCCAUAUCACUGUAGUAGUUAUGUUUUUUGUACCAUGUAUGUUCCUUUAUGUGUGGCCUUUCCCAACUAAGUCAUUGGAUAAUUUUUUUGCUAUUGUUGACUUUGUUGUCACUCCUGUCUUAAAUCCUGUCAUCUAUACAUUAAGGAAUAAAGAAAUGAAGUUAGCAUUCAGAAGGCUAAGUCAACAGGUUCUAAGGUCUAGGGAAAUUACAUAG